AUGAACGGAGAAGCCAUAUGUUACGGCUAUUAUCCUAGCAUUGAGCUAGAAUCGAUGCUUCUGAUCAAGUGCGAGAAAUGCGGCAUGCUUCUAAAGGAUGUCGGUUAUGGGCACCACAUGCGGUCCCAGCAUGGGUUACGCACCGAUUCCGGUUCCAGUGAUGAGUGUCAAUCGUUCCUUCUAUCCCCUCCACAUCAUGUUGUUUCCCCGCGUAGUACCACUGCUGAGAAGCCGUUUGUGUCACCGCCAUAUCGACGGCCGUCAACCUCAGCUGCAUCUCCAAGGGUAAGCUCGGGACAAAAUGGAACAAUUAUGUCGCGGACGAUCUCGCCCAGAUAUUCUAUCGAACAGAAAGAAGAUCUCAAGGUCUCACUACGACCAUCCAGACGUGAAGUAGGCUUUCCAGCUAGGUCUAUUCUUUUUUUGGAUUCUGUAGGUCCGAAUUUCUGUGGUAUCUUCUCAAUAUAG